GCCCCAUCUACCUUGACACCCCAGGAAACAGUGCCGAGGCGCUUUCAUAAAACACGCCCCCCUUCAACAACCCACCGCAUCGUUUUAUACAAGUACGCUUCGCGCUGCAACCUUGGCUGGCCAGCCUUCACCCACUCUGUUCGAGCCUCCUCUUGGUUUCAACCAUCAAACUGCAGAGCCGACAACCUGCGCCCAUUCUGUUUCAGUGUCAGCAGCCGUCGCCGACAUUGACGAGUCGAUAGCUUUUGUGUCUGGGGGCAUAUUGGGUUUCCGCCACUGGUUCCUUGGGCUUGUUUUGGGGGGAGAGAGAGAUAUGCGUCCAUGUCAACCACGGCCACAUACGCGGUGACCAUGGCAGACUUGAAGACUGAAUCGCAACAUGGCAGUCUUUGGUCCAACUAUGGCAGCCCGGUACAGAUGUCUGGCCGCUUUAACCACCUGGACUCGGCCGUGUCGAACUCGUCGUCGGCAUCGCCACAUCUCGGGCGACCCCGGAGUAGUAAUCCCAGCAGCAUGGACUAUCCGCCAUACCACUACGGCCGCCACUCCCAGGACGAUGCGGAUGGCUACGAUAGACAUCAGCAUCCACCUCUGCAGGCCCACCACAGCUACCCGAACCUGAAGAGGCCGUAUUCGCAUACGGAACAGCCCCCGUUCACCGAGAUUGUCCAGGACCUGCGAGAGGAUGCCUCCAAGCUCACCGUCAACAAUGACCACAAGCUCCUGUCCUUCCGGAGAUCGCAGGACAAGCACACCAUAGUCGACCAGCACGGCCGAAUCCAGCAACUCGAGCUGUCCGCCCAGCUCCACGGGAUGUUCUUUCUUUCCGAAAUGCCCUCGAGCGCUAGCGACGGGUCCAUUCUGCAACCCGAACUGACGUGUUACCGGCGGAAUCUCUUCCAGAUCAGCGGGUCCCUGAUCACUCCCCGGAGCCCACUCUCAGUUAUCACCGAGACGGGGGAGACGGUACCGGUCAGCACCACCGAAGUGACCAUCUCUGCCGUCGAGUCUGUCGACGGCCAUCCGGUGCGCCUGAUCGUCAUCCCUUGGAAGACGCCGCCGCCGAACUCUCCCGAUGUCAGCCAAGCGCCUGACCAGGAGCCACCGUCGCUCCCUCUCAUCCCCUUCCAGAACGACGGCUCUGAAUCCGAGGGCGAAUAUGCCGUCUAUCCGAUCGGCUGGCGGCGGCUGCAGUUUCGGAUCGCGACGGCGAACAACGGGAGGCGAAAAGAGCUCCAGCAACACUUUGUGUUGCACCUCAAGGUCGUCGGCACUCUAACAAACGGUUCCAAGGUCACCCUCACAGAGAGCACCACCGCCCCGAUCGUUGUCCGGGGACGGAGUCCUCGAAAUUUCCAGGCGAGGAAAGAAAUCCCAUUAUUGGGAUCUAGCGCCGGCUCGAGGGGCCAGGCUCUCGUCGAGACGGGACUCGGAAUCGUUGCAGGGCCACUGUCGGCGAAAGCCCAGGAUCCGAAGGCGAGGCCGAUGAAUCUCGAACUGCCACGAACUGCGUUCACUUUCAGCGCACCGAAAAUCCCCCAGAGCCCAAUGUCGAUGCGAUCGAACUCGUACCCCACGAACUGGAACCAUUCCAGCCAGGUGUCUAUGGCACAUAUUCCGGCCUCAGGGCCUGCUUACCCAGCAGCAACACUGGCAGCAGAGUCUUACCAGAAGAUGCCCCUGUCAGGGACACAGAACUUCACGGCAGAGCCGCAAGAGAUGCCGCUCCAGACAUCGGUGCCGUCAGUCCAGCUGUCUCUUGCAGCCCAGGACCAGCAACAACCCCCCAUACGCACUCAAUACGCCACGUACGCGCAGAGCACAUCAGCCCCGGCACAAAUACCCCUCUCCGCCACUGCAGACAGCUCGCUGAGCGUCCCGCGAUACAUGGAUGACGGCCCCCGGCCCUCGAAGAGCCCCCGCCAUGCGAGCCACCAGUCGGUGCACAGCACCAGUUCGCUCACGAACGACUCGCCCUCGAACGAGUACCGGUACGGCCCUCCAACAUACGUUGGCGUCAACAACAACUCGGCCGAGAUGAGCCACCAAAGCCAGCAGCCGCCCACAUACGGGACAACGGCGCAGGACAACGGCUCGGCGCCUCCUUCAGCCACUCCGACGGCGGCCCCCCCGCCGAGAGACUAUUUCCCGCCGUCACAAUCCUGGACGACGACGGCUGGAGAGCCCACGGCGUCGAGUGUGUCGUAUACGAACGGGGACCAUCGCCCCUACGCAUUCCCCGACCAUUACAAGACGGGACACGGCGGCUCAAAGCCAGACGCGCAGCACCACCCGCCGCCGCCGCCACACUCUGCACCGGGGGUCUAUCAGGGCCAGGCCAUGAACCAUUACUCAUGGAACGCGACAUGAGCAAACGAAGCCAGAUUCACAGCUCCCGCCCCCCCCUCUUGAUCUGUUCCAUCGAGAAACCCAGACCCCUCGUUGCGGGGGCGAUGCCUGCUUCUCUCUCCAUUGGCGCUUGACCGAGGGGAAGUUCUGAGAGAGCGCAACCAUGGAGCAGCGCCAAACUGUACCAUAGUCUACUUCUCUCUUUUUGCGCGGCUCUUCGGCAUCCAUAACGCCCCCCGAAUCCUUUUCCCCCCGCCCGCAAGUUCCGGGUUGGACGAUUUCGACUUCGAUUCACUACGAUGGGGAGAAGAACACACCUGUUUUUUCUCUCUCUC